GUGAAGGCGGCGGAAGCGGCGCUAGUCAGAAUCGGCUGUCCCUGACAUAGAUCCUGUGUUGUUUUUUUGUGUGUUUUCCCUUCUUUCGUUUUCUGUCCGGGUUUCAGGCUCGGCCAUGUCGUACGGCCCGUUAGAGACGUACCGCCCCGGGGGGCUUCCGCCCCGGGACUUCAGCGCCAUUAUCCAGACCUGCAGCACCAAUGUACAGCGCCUGGCACAAUGCACUUCUCAGAUAAAGAACUUGAUGAGUCAGCUGGGAACUAAGCAGGACUCCAGCAAACUGCAGGAAAACCUACAGCAGUUGCAGAACACAGCAAACCGGCUUGCCAAAGAGACCAAUGAAUACCUGAAGGAGCUGGGCUCCUUGCCACUCCCCUUAUCUGCAUCGGAACAGCGCCAGCAGAAACUUCAGAAGGAACGUUUAAUGAAUGACUUUUCCGCAGCCUUAAAUAACUUUCAAGCAGUGCAAAGAAGAGUGUCUGAAAAAGAAAAAGAGACUGUUGCCCGGGCAAGAGCUGGUUCUCGUCUCUCUGGAGAUGACAGGUCCAGGGAAGAACAGCUGGUCUCAUUUGACAGCAAUGAAGAGUGGAAUCAGAUGCAGUCUCAAGAGGAAGACAUAGCAAUAACAGAACAAGAUCUUGAACUAAUUAAGGAGAGAGAAACUGCCAUUAGGCAGUUGGAGGCAGAUAUCCUGGAUGUGAACCAGAUAUUUAAAGAUUUGGCUAUGAUGAUCCAUGAUCAGGGAGACAUGAUUGAUAGUAUAGAAGCAAAUGUAGAAAAUGCUGAAGUCCACGUGGAAAGUGCCACUGACCAGUUACAAAGAGCCGCUUAUUAUCAGAAGAAAUCUCGUAAGAAGAUCUGUAUCCUGAUUCUUGGUCUGUCUGUGGCUGUUCUAAUCCUGGGACUCAUUAUCUGGCAGGCAUCAAAAUGAAGCCCUUAUGUGGAACUGAAUGAAUUGCAGAGUUGUUGUUUUCCUCCCCAAGGGGAAAACAAGUAGACAAACCCUGUGGAAUGAAUUGAUUGAGAGGAGAUGAAACACAAACUGGUUUUCCUCUAGUAAUUAUAAUAUAUAGAAACUAACAUGAAGAUAACUAGUUAUUGGAUUUAGUGAACCAUGAAGACAGUAUUUAUCAGUUAAUGUAAAAUUAUUUUAUGUAAUCAAACUUGUGGGGUUUUUUUUUUGUUUACUAUACUAUUGCUGUCCUGAAUAUAAAGUGUUGGAGAGUGUGAUCGGUAACCUGUUAAUUGACAACAUACACUACAAAUUUAACUUUUUAAAAAUACAUACUGCUUUUAUAAGUGACUUGCAUAGGAAUAACUUCUGAGAACGCCAGAAUCUCACUAACUAAGCAACUCUCCAAUGAAUUAGUUGCUGUGAUCCAGAGAUUUGCUUUAAGAGUGUGUGGUUUGCUGCCACUCUUUUUCAGUUCCUCUGCUGCCUUGUAUACCACUUCUGAAACUUCCAGAAGUUGCUCUUCAUUGCAGCACAGUGGUCUUGUGAUUAAAAGCCUUUGUUUUAAACUUUUCAAGAGAACUUUAAACAUCUCCCAUCUUUUUUAAUGGUAUACCACAAAAAUGUUUUGGUCACUUGCAUUUGGAACCGAGAAUGUACUCAGUGAUUACUUUUCUGAGCUAGAGAUAUUUGUACCUAGUAUUCAGUAACAGGUUUUCUCCUUGAUCCAUUUUUUGUGGUGACAGUGAAUCAUUUAGCAGUGUGUCCAAAUGUAUUGUUGCCUAAUGAAGCUGUUUUUGAUGGUGGGCUGCUUUACUCUUGUCUUCCCAACUUGUACCUCUAAGCCCAUAUAUUAUACAUUUGCAGCACGUAAAAAAUACAGCACAGAGCCUGUAAUGGGUAAAAAAUGGAGGUGGCAUAGAAAAAUAGUUAUACAUUUUGUGAGCAACUAUGGCAAAUUUGUCUUUCCAAGAGAAGAUUUUCAACUUUGCAGUAUACCGGUACUUGGUUAGGAACGUUACUUGUCUCCUUUGGCUGAGAGAUCUGACCUAGACCUUUUGUCUGCUCUGAAUUGAUAUAUUAAAAGAAUUGCUGGGUAGAGCUCUUAGGUCUAUUCCACUCCUGCAGGAUAACUGAUGUAAAAAAAGGCUGAAAAGUUGAUUUGUUUAUAGACUUGUAGCAAUUUCUUGGGUAGAAUUGUAAAUCUUUUUACUGACACACUCACUAUUUAUUCUUUUUCACAUUUUACUUAUUGAAAUUACUAAACUGUGAAAGUUGGCUCUGGAGAUGGUUGAUGCCCUCAGUUGCACAUCUUUCUUUGCACUAUUGCUCCAUCAUUCCAUCCAUUUAACUGUCAAUAAACAUUUUUUAAAAGUGU